AUGUCGGCGGCGCAGGUGUCGUCGUCCCGGCGGCAGUCGUGCUACCUGUGCGAUCUGCCGCGCAUGCCGUGGGCCAUGAUCUGGGACUUCAGCGAGCCCGUGUGCCGGGGCUGCGUCAACUACGAGGGCGCCGACCGCAUCGAGUUCGUCAUCGAGACCGCGCGGCAGCUCAAGCGGGCGCACGGCUGUUUCCAGGACGGGCGAUCGCCGGGGCCGCCGCCGCCCGUGGGCGUCAAAGCCGUGGCGCUGUCGGCUAAGGAAGCGGCGGCGGCAGCAGCGGCAGCUGCAGCAGCCGCGGCUGCCGUGCAGCAGCAGCAGCAGCUGAACCAUGUGGACGCUGCCUCCUCGAAAGCGCCGUCGGGCCUGGAGCGCUACGGACUGAGCGAGCCGCGCAGCCGCUUCGAGUACCCGCCGCCGCCGGGCAGCCACGGAGGCCGCAUGCCCAAUGGCCUGGGCGGCCCCAACGGCUUCCCCAAAGCGCCAGACGACGGGCCGCCCGAGCUGAACCGCCAGAGCCCCAACUCCUCGUCGUCGUCUUCCUCGUCGUCGUCGUCGCGGCGAGCGGCGCACGGCGGCUUGGUGAGCGGCCUCCCUCCAGGAGGCGGCGGCGGCGGCGCCCAGCUCAACGUGCCGCCCAACCUGCUGCCGCAGACGCUGCUCAACGGGCCGGCCUCGUCCGGGGUGGCGCUGCCUCCUCCGCGGGGCCCUCCGGCUUCGUCGUCGUCGUCCUCGUCUUCUUCGUCGUCGUCCUCGACGUCCUCCUCGGGCGACCCGUGCGGGAAGCGCCCCGGCUCGGUGUCGAGCAGCGGCGACCAGGAGCGGGAGCUGAAGGAGAAGCAGCGCAACGCGGAGGCGCUGGCCGAGCUGAGCGAGAGCCUCCGCAACCGCGCCGAGGAGUGGGCCAGCAAGCCCAAGCUGGUGCGCGACACGCUGCUGACGCUGGCCGGCUGCACGCCCUACGAGGUGCGCUUCAAGAAGGACCACGCGCUGCUGGGCCGCGUCUUCGCCUUCGACGCCGUCUCCAAGCCCGGCCUGGACUACGAGCUGAAGCUCUUCAUCGAGUACCCCAGCGGCUCGGGCACCGUCUUCUCCUCCGCCUCGGGCGUGGCCAAGCAGAUGUACCAGGACUGCAUGAAGGACUUCGGCCGCGGCCUGUCGUCGGGCUUCAAGUACCUCGAGUACGAGAAGAAGCACGGCUCCGGAGACUGGCGCCUGCUGGGCGACCUGCUGCCCGAGUCCGUGCGCUUCUUCAAGGAGAUGGUGGGGGCCGACAUGUUGCCGCAGCCCUACCUCGACGCCUCGUGCCCCAUCCUGCCCACCGCCCUCGUCAGCCUGCCCAGGACCCCCACCUCCUCCUCCUCCUCUUCCUCCGGCGGCAGCGGCGGGGCGGGCGGGCCAGCCUCCAGCCGCGGGCCCGGAGCGGGAGGCGGGGGCGGCGGCGGCGGCCUGCGCAAGAGGAAGGCCUCCCCGGAGCCUUCGGACUCGGCUUCGGAAGGCGGCCUGAAGCUGAGCGAGGAGCAGCAGCGGCAGCAGUGGAUGGCCAGCCAGAGCGAGGCGCUCAAGCUCACCAUGUCGGCGGGGGGCUUCGGCGGGGUGCCUCCUCCGCCGCCCCCUCCGCCGCUGGGGCCUCACUCCAACCGGACCACCCCGCCCGAGUCGGCCCCGCAGAACGGCCAGUCGCCCAUGGCGGCGCUCAUGUCGGUGGCCGACACGCUGGGCAACGCGCACUCGCCCAAAGACGGCAGCUCGGUGCACUCGACCACGUCGACGCGGAGGAACAGCAGCAGCCCCGUGUCGCCCGCCUCGGUGCCCGGCCAGCGCCGCAGCCUGGCGUCGCGCAACGGGGACAUGAACCUGCAGGUGGCUCCCCCGCCGCCCAGCGCCCACCCGGGCAUGGACCAAGUGCACCCGCAAAACAUUCCCGACUCGCCCAUGGCCAACAGCGGACCCCUGUGCUGCACCAUCUGCCACGAACGCUUGGAGGACACGCACUUCGUGCAGUGCCCCUCGGUGCCUAGUCACAAGUUCUGCUUCCCGUGUUCCCGGGAGAGCAUCAAGGCGCAGGGGGCCACGGGCGAAGUCUAUUGCCCCAGCGGCGAGAAAUGCCCCUUAGUCGGUUCCAACGUGCCUUGGGCAUUUAUGCAGGGCGAGAUCGCGACCAUUUUAGCGGGGGACGUGAAAGUGAAAAAGGAGAGAGACCCUUAA